GGGAAGAUGGCUGAACACAGGCCUGAAAAGGGGAUUGAUUUUACUGGAGCUCCUGUAGCUGGGCCUAGUAAAACACCUCAAGUUGAUACCGGAGUAGAAAUAUGGGAAACAACACAGCAACAUACUCAGGGAGCCAGCAGUGGUGGUAUUAAUACUACUGAUUUUGGUGCUUCUGGUAUUGAGGGUGCUACACAUGUUUCCGAAAAGGGGGGUUGGGUUUUAGAUAAAGGUUGUGAUUCUAACUCAGGCUGGGAGGAAGAUUUGUCUGCACAAACUUACGAGCAGUAUGUCGUUAAACCUAAGAUUUAUAACCCGAAAGACUUUAAGCCAAUGGUUCAACAAGGAGGCUCAUCGGAAAAUUCAAAGUCUGAAAGUUCAGCUUCGUCAGAGAGAUGGGCUGCCAAGACUUUAGCUAGUUCUCCUCUACAGCCAAAUAUUGAUGAAAUGAAUCGAGUAAUGUCGCAGCUUGAACAUAUGUGGCAAGAUGAUACCCGAAAAGACAGGACGAAGAUGUCACAAUAUCUGGCACACCAAUAUGCAACAUCUGUUAACCCAUUUGCUCUGGUGGUACAUUUGUUGGAACAUGCGAGUGACACGCAUGUUGCGAAAACGACAACCCUCGCUUUCCAAGUCAUUAAAGAGUUUGAUAAAUACUGCAAACAGAAUCGCUCAAAGUUGGACAUUGAAAAGCUAUUGAGUAAAAACAUGGAAAUGCAGGUGUUCAGCUUGGGGACACGGAAGCACAUGACUAUGUUUGAAAUCAUCGUCAGAUGUUUUGAUCUCCGUUACCAAGGCAAUGACCACUUCCUUCCUGUUGUUAAAAAAUUUCUAGAGAACAAAAAAUUCAAAGAGGCAGCAGUAUGUGCAGGCAAGCUGGGACUUCAGAAACACUUCGAGAUGCACGAGAUAAUUCUGCCCCUACUCCUACAAGACAAGGUGAAUCUCCUAGAGACAUUUGCGUGUGGUCAACCUGAGUACCAGCAGUCUCUCGUGCAAUAUCUUGACCAUCUAUGUGAUAGAAGUACCAACCUGGAUCUCGUUUUAAGCUCUGCACAGCACGUGUCUGGGGUGAAGCGGGAUAAGUUUCAGAAGAAAGCGCUCAGUAAACUUGCAAUCAGACUGAUGAAACUGUAUAAAAUACAACCAGACUUGUGUCCGAACAUUUCCAAUGCAAGAGGGGUUGGAGCCCUGAGGUACCUCCUUCACAAGAGAUACAUUGAGAAAGGCAUGGGCUCCGGGAGUUGGGAAGAGAUGAUCGAAGGAGCCGUGGGUGAAAAUAAUUACAUGAAGGAACAGCUGGUAGAGCAACUAGCACUGUUUAGUGAGGUAGUUGAAGCAGUGAAAUGGGCCAACUAUUAUCAGCUUGAUGAUUCUGUGAUACCAGAGGUUGUUAAGGUGGCCAGGGAUGAAUUAAGAAGUCAACCAGAGAGCCAGCAGACCCCAAUGUUGCCAGGCCUACCACAAACCCAGGCGACCGCUGAUGAGGAAGACUGGGAGAACUCAUGCUUUACUGAGGCAGAAAUCAGCUCCGCCUAUCACCAGCUGUCCCUUCCCUUGGAGUCUGUGCAUAUUGUUGACACCCUGGAGAAAUACAGGGAAUGUCUGUCAUGUAUAACUAAGCCAGGGACGAUUGUGGGUUUAGACUCUGAAUGGAAGCCUGCUUUCUUAGGACAGAUUCAAAAGGUUGCCUUACUCCAACUAGCUCUCAGGGACAAAGCAUAUCUGCUGGACUUGCCAGCAUUAGACAAAUUUGCUGUCGGUGAAAAUAAUCAACUAUGGGAGAAGUUUUUUACAUCAUUCCUCUGCUCUGAGAAAGUCCUCAAACUCGGCUAUGGUAUUGAAUCAGAUCUUAAAAUGUUGCUUCGAACAUUUCCAACAAUGCAGGAGCAGAUGACUAAAGUCCGCAGAAUUGUAAACCUAGACAUACUAGCAAAAAAGUUAGCUCUUAAAGACGUUCAGCCAGUAUUCCUAGAUGAAAAUGAAGACAGUGAUACCAUUCCUAAACCCAAAACAGAGAACGAAGAUGAAGAUCCGGAACUGGACUCUGGCAGCGGCAGCAUGGAAAAAGGACUGAGUGAACUAGUGAGACGUUGCCUCGGUCGGCCAUUAAACAAGUCGGAACAGAUGUCAAACUGGGAGAGGCGACCGCUGAGGCCCGAACAGAUCAGAUAUGCUACCCUAGACGCAUUUGUCUUAAUAGAGCUAUACGACAUAUUAGUGAAGCUAGCUGGAGAGCAGUCCCCUGGAAUGGACAUGGAGCCAAUGAUCUCCAUGAAGUGGCUUAAACCCAGCAAGAACGAGAAACGACGGGCUAAACAAAGGGGGGACCAUAGACAGAAAGUGCCUCGGAGAGUUCCCAGCUUUCAGAAGCCUAUGACAGGCGCCCCAAUGUCAGCUAAAGAUCUGAGAGUCGUUGUUGAUACGAUGUUACAAGGGCUUGGGAAACAGCUUCGAAGCUGUGGGGUCGACGUGCAUAUUACUGACCCAUUCGCUGACCAUUAUAGAGCUAUUGAGAUAAGCAGAAAAGAAAACAGGAUUGUUUUAACCAGCGGAAUGCCGUAUGAUCUGAUCUUAGGCAGUGUUGGCGCGGAAAUGUGUUAUAAUGUUAUGUGUGAGGGUGCAAAAGAACAAGUAGUGGAGGUACUUAACCAUUUCAACGUCCAGGUCACACGUCGAGACAUCUUCAGUAGGUGCCAGGUUUGUAAUGGAGAUGUAUAUGUAACACUCCCAGCAGAAGAUCUAAAACUGUUGGCCCAGAGGAAACGGCAGCUAGUUGCCCAACAGGCAGCUGAAGAGUUUGGUUCUGAAGGAAAGGAUGAACCUGACAACAACAGAAAUUCAGCAGCAGACAACAAUAAUUUUGACCAAUCAGAAGAGCUUGUUUCGAGAUUUUUGGACUAUGAUAUAGACUGGUACACCAUAACUGUGAUGUCAACUUCAGCUGCUUUACAGACAGAAACGGUGCCCCAGUCUAUGUUUUCCAAAGUAGAGAAAUUUUAUUGCUGUGCCAGAUGUGGCAAAAUAUUCUGGGAAGGAUCACAUUUUGAGCGAGUUUGUGAGCAGUUUUCUCAUGUUUUGAAUAUGAAACCAGAGAGGAAAACUGUGUAUGAUCAAUUGAACGAGAACUCGAUUUAAAUAAACAAAUGAAUGAUAAUACUCAUUGGUGGAUUGGACAUUGUGUUAGUCAAGGCCGUAUUUUCCCGAAAAAUUCUGAAGUUUUUACUCUUUUUUUGAGAAGACUUUUUAAAUCCUGUGUAUAUAUAUUGAAGGAAAUGAAUUGGAGGUCUUUUAUAUUUUGAAAUAUUUUUUUAAACAUUUUAGUAACAUUCCUUUAACAGGUCAUUAAAUAUGCAAAAGAAAUAGUUGAGGUAUACUACAAAUAUUUGAGUAAUAAAUAAGUACAUUUUUUUCACCGAAACACAUGUUUUUUGAACGAAUAUCUUGAUCAAUAACUUCAAUGAAAGAAUAUGAUCCAUUAAGAGUAAAAAAAAAUGUAAUAUUGAACCAUGUUAGGUUCUAAAAGGGACUAAACACCAGCUGAUACAAUUAGAAAAUUAAAUUAUAGAAAAACAACCUUACAUCAAAUUGACAUCGUUGUGAACAAUCAAGCUUACUUACUGAUAUAUUCCACCACGUACGACACAUGCAUUUGUCGCAGUUUUUGCGCAUUUUUCUAAAUUGAAAUUUUCUGCAGUUGUUUACCACAUAAAUUCCAGUAAGUUAAAAAAUAGCGUCGGUAUAUUUAUCUUUACUCAUAAACACAUAUGAUUUAAACUGGGAAACCAUUAUGCACUUUUUUAAAGGGGGGUGGGGGGGUAGAAUAAACAGCAAAAUGAUGCGUUAACUCUUAUAUUAAAGUAAAAUGAUUUGUUUUCGACUCCCUACUAGCUUGCAUUGGCAAUUCUAGCUUGUUAUGAGGAAAUCCUGUACUUGCGGAAUUUUGGACCAUCUGGUGUCUAGUCCCUUUAAGUGGUAAAAUGAGUUGAGUAAGCUAUUGAGUAGUAAAGUAUUUUCGAAAAACUGGAGCCAGAGCUUCGUUAUACAUUGAGGAGUAAAAGAGAGGACAAGGUGAUUUCUUAAUACAAUUUAGGUUGAUCAUUGACUCUGGUAUUAUAUUUUAUUAAUACUGGUCCUCUUUGAUUUAAGUUAUAGAUCGUAAGUUGCGUUGGAAAUUAAAUAACCAAAGUCGCUCCCAACCAUCCUUAUUAUGAGACUUAUGUGUUCUUUUUCUUUCAACGCAAUUCAAUUGCUUUUAUUGCUGUCAUUAUGUUUUAUAGACUUGAUAAACUUAAUUGUUAAUUUGGAUAAGGAUAAAUAGUUAUAUUGUUUAAUAAAUAUUGAUAUAAUA